AUGGUUGUUCCCACCGAGCCCAUCGAUCUGCUUUGCGGAUGGCCCAACCCCGCGCUCCUCCCCGCCCCCGAUCUCCUCCGCUCCGCCACGACCGUGCUGACCGACCCCUCCAUUGCACACGCCGGUCUACUGUACGGCCCGGACGAGGGCUAUGAGCCUCUUCGUGUUCACAUAGCCAAGUGGCUAGGGAACUGGUACCAGCCUCGCGAGUCUAUUCACCCGCACCGUAUUUGCAUCAGCGGCGGGGCCAGUCAAAACCUCGCGUGUAUUCUUUCCGUCUUUACCGACCCUCUAUACACCCGAAAUGUCUUUAUGGUUGAUCCGACCUACCACCUCGCAGGCCGCAUCAUGGACGAUGCCGGUUUUGCCGGGCGAGUACGUGGGGUACCGGAAGAUGAUCAAGGAUUCAAUCUCCAGGUGCUAAAGAAUAUGCUGGCCGAAGCGGAGAGGCAGGCGCAGGCAGAGGGAAACAUGGAACCGAAGUUGAAACCUCCUCGGCCUUGGCGCAAGAUCUACAAAUAUAUCAUCUACGCUGUCCCCACGUUCGCCAACCCCUCCACCAAGAUUAUGUCCCUGCAUCACAGGGAAGAAUUGGUGCGCUUGGCUCGCAAGUAUGAUGCACUACUAGUGACAGACGACGUCUACGACUGCCUGCAGUGGUCGGCUAUUCGCGGGGAGAAGGCACCGGUGCACGCGUGUUUGCCUCGACUGGUGGACAUUGAUCGGUAUCUAGAUGGCGGCUUGGCAGAUGAAUGGGGUCACGCAAUUAGCAACGGCAGCUUCAGCAAACUGAUCGGGCCCGGGGCCCGCACUGGAUGGGCCGAGUCAACGGAAAAGGUUGCUUUCGGACUGAGUCAAGUAGGGUCGUCUCGGUCUGGGGGAGCUCCCUCUCAAUUAUGCUCAACUAUUAUCGACCAACUACUGCCAUCGGGCUUCCUAGAAAACCACAUCUCGCAGGUCCUACAACCCGCGUAUGCAGAGCGGUAUCACGAUCUCUCUGCCGCCAUCCAGGAACACCUAGUCCCCCUUGGAGUCAAGUUCACUACCCCAUCUACAGGAGUCGCGGGCGGGUAUUUCAUCUGGAUUACCCUGCCCACCCCACUCCGCGCGGCAGACAUUGUGGAGCGGGCCCAGAAAGACCAAAAUCUGCGUCUAGCGCGUGGCGAUAUUUUCCAAGUGGCUGGUGAAACAUCGGGUCCAACAGAUCGCUUUGGAGACUGCCUUCGCCUUUGCUUUGCGUGGGAAGAGCCGCGUCACCUGACUGAGGGUGUACGUAGGCUCGCACGUGUCAUGCAGGCCGCUGUAUAA